UCUCUCUCUCUCUCUCUCUCUCUCUCUCUCUCUGGCAUAGCUAAAGAAGAGAUUUAGAGCGAAAAACUUUUGAUUGUCUGUGAGAUUUGUUAGGAAUGGAAAAGGGAAACAAAGAAAGUAAGAAAUGGGUACAUGGUUUUAUACUACUAUCAGUCCAAGCACAUUUAUCUCAACUAAAGCCACCAAAGUGUAACCCACUGAUAAACCAGAGCUCAUGUGAAGAGGCAAAAGGUUUCAAGGCAAUAAUUUUCUUCACGGCACUCUACUUGGUGGCUUUGGGAAGUGGGUGUGUGAAACCAAACAUGAUAGCUCAUGGUGCGGACCAGUUCUCUCAUCAAUCGCAUCCUAAACAAUCUAAAAGACUCUCAUCUUACUUCAACGCCGCAUAUUUCGCCUUCUCCAUUGGGGAGCUUAUCGCACUCAGUCUCCUGGUUUGGAUUCAAACUCAUUCUGGCAUGGACGUUGGAUUUGGAGUCUCUGCUGCAGCCAUGACUAUGGGCCUCAUUAGCUUAGUAUCCGGUACAACGUACUUUCGUAACAAACGUCCACGUCGAAGCAUCUUCACUCCUAUUGCCCAAGUUGUUGUGGCUGCCAUACUAAAAAGAAAGCUUGCGUCUCCCUCUGACCCAAAAAUGCUUAAUGGAGGCCAUCGUGUAACAAGCGACGUCGUACAUUCCUCCACUUUACCAUACACUCCUCGCCUCAGGUUCUUGGACAAGGCAUGCACCAAAAUCCAAGACACAAAUACAAAGGAAAGUCCAUGGAGGCUUUGCACGGUAACCCAAGUAGAGCAGGUCAAAACCCUAAUUUCACUUGUCCCAGUCUUAGCAAGCACCAUCGUCUUUGACACCAUCUUAGCUUUUUCGGUACAACAAGGAAGUUCCAUGAACACUCGUCUCUCAAAUUCCUUCCACAUUCCUCCGGCUUCACUCCAAGCAAUCCCUUACAUAAUGCUCAUCUUCCUUGUCCCUCUCUAUGACUCUCUGUUCGUUCCUUUUGCGCGUAAGCUGACGGGACAUAGCUCAGGCAUUCCUCCAUUGACUCGGAUAGGAGUUGGACUGUUCCUCUCCACUUUCUCCAUGGUUUCAGCUGCCUUUCUUGAAAAGAAACGAAGAUACUCUUCGGUUAUUGACGGCAGAAUCUUGAGUAUCUUCUGGAUCACCCCACAGUUCUUGAUCUUUGGGAUCUCCGAGAUGUUUACUGCCGUUGGAUUAAUCGAAUUCUUUUACAAACAAACUACAAUGGGCAUGGAAUCAUUCUUGAUGUCUUUGACUUACUGUUCGUAUUCCUUUGGUUUUUACUUUAGCUCGGUGCUCGUUUCGAUCGUGAAUAAGAUUACUUCCACGUCUGCUGACUCCAAAGGGUGGCUCGGGGAGAACGAUCUGAACAAGGACAGACUCGAUCUGUUUUAUUGGCUUUUAGCGGUUCUUAGUCUACUGAACUUUAUUAGCUAUCUCUUUUGGUCUCGUUGGAACGUUAAGUCUUUGAGAAACAACAACUCUAAUGUGGUGGGAGAUGAGAAAAUUUAGCUUAAUGCAUAAUGUGUAGUGCAAUACAUAUCAUAUCACCUUAACAUAUCCAGCAUAUAAUUAAUAUGAAUACAUUAUUAUGUUAAUCCUUUGCUUUGUAGUCCACCUCUC